AAAAUGAACUAGAGAUCACCUAGAAACAAAAAAAGCUGAAGGAGGCGAACAUGUCAGCGCUGGUGGAUUACGCCGCCUCCGACGAAGAGGAAGAGAUCGACGAGGUGAAGGAAUCUGCUGCUCCUCCUCUCUCUUCACCCUCUCCGCCGCGGCUGCCGGCUUCGAUUCCGCCUCCUAAUUCCCGGAAUCGUGGUAACAUGGCAACAAAUCAACAUCCAAAUGUAAUCUCUCCCUUGCCACCGCCAUCACUGGAGGGACUCCCAAGUGUAUCAGCUCUAUUUGCUGCACCAUCACCUGCUUUGCAAUCAAACCAAAUGGUUGGCAAUGACCAUUCCUCUAGAGUUGCUGCAGCAGUUGCAGAAAGUGCAUCACGAAAGAGACAAGAAAAUGGAUCAAACAAUCAUCAACCGCCUAAGAAGCAUCCUAGAGGAAAAUUAUUACAUCUAAGAAAUGUUCCGGACACACAUGAUGGCUCGUUAGUACCACCCCAGCUCCGUGGAAGGAGUAAUGUGGUUACUGAAGAUAUAGGGAAGUUAUUUGUUAGCAGGCGCACGGAAUAAACUUAGUAGCCUAAAAAGCAAAGGACACUAUCUUGCUUAUGAUCUUUGAGAGGAGCAUUGGCAGCUAAUGGAUUUCUAUCUACUUCAUUAGGACACUGACAACCAUGAUACUAGACCAACAAUCAUGUAUUAUGGACAUCCUUGGUUUGUCUUUCUUGUAACCAUGGUUUCUUGGUUCUUCUCCA